UGUUGUGCAUUGCAUGUGUGCAAUUGCAUGUUCUCUGUUGUACAGCCAGCCAAUUUGCUUUGUCAUUUAAAUUAUGUGACAUCGAAAAAUGAAAUAGUGGAUUCUUUUCAAAUUUGAACUCUUAACAGGAGUUAUAUUUUGUUAGAUUUUAUAGAAAGGCUGCUGUUUGUAAUUUUGUGAAACACAAUGCCUAAAAAGACCACAAAGAAGAAUGCAUUUUAUUUCUUCAUGAGAGAAAUGAAAGAGAAAGAGGCAGCUAAAGGAUACAAUAUAUCAAUGAAUGACAUGGCAACCUUUGCGCAUCCUCUGUGGAGUAAGUUAUCUUUGCCAGAAAAAGAAGUAUACGAAGUGAUGGCUAAAAAAUAUAACAAUGAUCCAAACUUAAGAGGUGGCAGAUUAGCUUCUGAUGGAACAAGGAUUGAAGAUAACAUGAGGGAAAAAGAAGAAGAAGAACAAAAGUUAAAUGCAAUGGUCCAAGGAAUUCAGAGGUUCUGUAAUGCUGAUACUUUUACAACUGAGCAGUUCAAAGAAAUAACUUCCAGAAAGGUUAUUUACUUUCUUUCCUUUAAUAUUUUAUGCCAUCAUCAAGAAACAGAAACUUACAUACCUAUAGAAGUAGGCUUGAUAGAAUACUCCAUUCAACAUGGAAUUCACAGAGAAUAUCAUAAAAUUUUACAUCCAGGUUCCAUUCCAAUAGGUUAUGCUGGUAAAGCUAAACAGCUGAGUGAAGAUAAGCAUCAGAUUAGUGUUUUUGGUGAAGUGGGUGCCGAAAGGGAUAUGGUUGCAGUAUAUAAUGAUAUUCUUCAAUUCACUACAACUCACAGGGAUGAUGAAUACCCUCCAGUUUUUUGUCUUUCAAGUGAAAUGGAAGUUACGAUAGGGUGCUUGGAUUGGCUGGCUCAUAAAGCUAAAAGGAAGAAUGAGUUUGAUGUGUGGGAUGCUUCUUACUUGUUGUUAAUACUACGUAAUGCAACCGGUGCACCUCUGCCGUCUGUGAUCAUUGCUGAGGAUUUAUUGACAAAAAGUACUUUUGAUUUUCAUGCUGAUACUAGGUGCCCAUUUCAUGAAGAAAAAGAUAGUGUCUAUUGUGCUUUAGGAUAUUCAAAACGUCUUUGUUUCUUGCUGUCUGAUGCUGUAGCUCCUUAUUUUGAUGUUGAAUUGACUGAGAAGCAUCUUCCCUGUAUGGCUAAUGAAGUAAAAGAAUAUAGAAUUACUGUUGGAAAUGAUCGAUCAAGACCUAUUACUGGUGCUGGCGCAGGUUUCAACCGUCCUUUAAGAUUAGACAACCCCACAAAUUAUUAUGAAAAUGAAGAUGAGAAUGAAGAAAACAAAUUUGUUACUGUGCAAAGCAGAGCUCCUCCUAAAGUUGAAAAAAGGGAAGAUAGACAACCUGUUGCACUUUGCUUGGCUGAAGAAAUGCAAAGACUGAAAUUAAAUAUUACUCCUGCCACAGUUCCUGGCCAUGGCAUAGGAAGAGGAUUAAGAAGAAAGAAUUAACAAAUGGCCAUUGGGGGAAAGAUGAAUGUUUCUAGAUGUCAACCUCAAAUGGCAAAGUGUGACCAAGUUAAAGAAAAAUUGGCCCUAUUGUGUUCUAAAGAAUUGACUUAUACUGUGUUUUUAUUAAGUUGUCAUCUAAAUCAUUGUUUGAAGCAUAUUUUUGUGUGCCUUUUAUCUUCCUCACUUUUUAAACAUUUUCAUUUAAUAAUAUCCAUUUUAUACCAUACAUUAAAUCAAUGUUCUUUUCUAACAAUUAGACGGACAGAUCAACAACAAUUCUUUUUUGUCUGUAAUUUUAUGUUGUAAGGUAAUAUUUUGGCUGUAGUGACUAAAAUGUAAUUUCAUUUAAGUCUUAUCAUAAGUAUGAAAUAGGUAGCAUUUUGUAUAUUUCAAUAUUGUUGUGAUUGAAGUUUGAAAAUUUAUUGCAAGAAUGUUUGCAAGUGUUUGUAUUUGACUGCAAUGAAACUGAUGUUAUUCAACACUCAAUUUUUGAGCAUCAUCAAGCGUCAAACUGGAUUAAGAAACACAUCUUAUGAGAAUGUAAAUAAGAUAUUCCUAUUCGUUUGUGUCAGGUUUAAAUUUUCAUGUCAAUAAGGAAAUGAGCUUACUAUUUGUAAAUAUACUGUAUAUUUUCUCUUUUUUUUUUUGUUUGCCAGCAUUAUAUAAUCCCCCCCCCCCCUUUCUCAACUUAAAAGGGCACAUAAUUUAUAAUUUAAGUCUUAAUUCAAAGUACUGCUAAUUAUUUUCAACAAUUUGAUUAAAAACGAGUUGUUUUAUUUUUGUAAUUAAAGAUAAAGGGCUAAUAUUAAUUGAUUAAAUUUUUUGUAGAACUAAAGUUCGGGGGGUGCAAAAAUGGCAUGUGAACUGUGAUAAACAAUGUAUCCCUAUUCAACAAUUCAUGCUUUCGAAUGUUAUUGGUCUGGAAAUUUCAUCCAACUUUUUUCUGUCAUCUCAUUGUAAUUUGUGUAUUCCUUUUCAUUUUCUUUAUUUCAUUCAACUAUUUUCAUAUGCUUAUUAAAAACUUCAAGUGUUUUAUUUUUAAACAAGAAAUUAAUGUCCUGAUUUUCUGUAACAGAUAUGAUUUUAAAUUUCAAUAAAUCA